AUGCCACAGCCAGAUUCGGAGGAACACAUUCAGGUAGAUACAAGCGACGAAGACUCCCUCAUAGAUGAGCAAUCCAUCAUCGAAUCCAAUAUUUCAAUAACGUCAUCAGUACGAGAUUACUGUUACGAAAAUGGCCGCCGGUAUCACGCCUACCGCUAUGGGCAAUAUCCCAUGCCCAACGACGAAGAAGAACAGGAUCGCCUCACAUUAAUGCAUCAUGCCUUCAAGCUCCUCUUGGGGGGUGAUUUAUAUCGCGCCCCGAUAGGUGAGCCCCAGCGCAUCUUGGAUAUCGGCACUGGGACGGGCAUUUGGGCGCUGGAAAUGGCCGAAGACUUUCCCAAUGCGGAGAUCGUGGGCACCGACCUUAGUCCAAUCCAGCCCAAGUGGGCACCGCCAAACUGCAGCUUUCUCGUUGACGACGCGGAAUGUGAUUGGGCCUACAUCGGUAAUGAACCCUUCGACUAUAUCCAUGCUCGCAGCUUGGGUGGCAGUAUCGCCGACUGGGGCCAGCUCCUUCGUCAGGCUUACGAGAAUGUGAAGCCCGGCGGCUGGGUCGAAAUUCAAGAAUCCGAGACCUGGGUACAUUCCGAUGACGGCACCUGCAAAGAUGCCGUUAUGGUAAGGGAACUGCAGCAGAAGUUGGAAGAGUCGAGUACGAAAUUCGGGAGGCGCAUGAACAUUGCUCCUGAAGUGAAAGGCUACAUGCAACGCGCUGGUUUCGUCAAUGUUGUGGACGAUAUUUACAAGUGUCCUGUAGGCACGUGGCCAAAGUCCCCUCGUCUGAAGGAGAUCGGACGAGUGGGGAAACUGAUUCUUUAUGACUCGGUCGAGCCAUAUUCGCUAGCUCUCUGGACUCGUGUCCUGGGAUACACCUAUGAGGAAGCCCAAGCCUUCGUGAAGAAGGUGCAUGCGGAGCUUGCAAGUUCCACCUAUCAUAUUUACAUUUUCUUCCAUUAUGUGUAUGGACAGCGACCAUUAGACGGAUGA